CGUAGUGUCGGUGUUUGGUGUGUCACCUCUGCUGCUUUCCAAAUCUUCCCUGCUCCACACAACCAUCUCCUAGGUCCUCCAGACGCAAGCCAGACAUUGGCUUGCAUUUAGAUUCGGGACCUAUUUUCCUUGUCAUCCCCGGCAGGUUUAUGAGCUCCAAGGAGAAGCCCACUCUCGGUGGCACGCGGAUCAAGACCCGCAAAAGGAAUAUUGCGGUUCCUUUAGAUCCGACCAGCUUUGCAGAUGCGAUCGUCCACAUCUACAAGGAUCAUCAAGGGGACUUGGAGCUUAUAGCGAAGGAUAUCGACUCUUCCGAACUUGAUUUUUCUCGAUAUGGGGAGACCUUCUUCGAGGUGGUCCUUAGCGGCGGUCGUAUGCAGCCUGGCACAACCAAGCCGGAGGAAGGGGCAGAGCGGCAGCCCUGGAAUGUUCUCAACUCUUCUCCGACGAAGGAGGGGGUUCUCACCCAUGUCCUUUUCAUCCAGAAGAUUCUGCGACGCCGUCCGUUCAUGAUCAAAUCUUUGGAGAAUGUGCUGCGCCGAUGGGUGCAGUCUCUGGAAAUGUAUGAGCCUGAAGAGAGAAAGCGCCUUGCAGUCUUGACUGCUCUCUGCUUCUCACAGCGCUUUACCGGACUGGCACCUGAUGUCAUUUUUAUAGCCCUCCUUAAUGACGCGCUCGUUACUAAGGGCACCUCCCUUGGCUUUAUCACGGACUUUUUCCGUGUCUACAUGGCGGAGACGAACAUGGAUGACCUUGUGGGCCUGCUAAAGAAGGGCAAGGUCGAUCAGCGGCUGAUCGAGUUCCUGCCCUCUCAGAAGCGGACUCCGGAGGCCUUCGCACAACACUUCAGCAACGAGGGCUUGAAGGCUUUGGCGGAUUACCAGAAGAAGGUGGUGUUUGAUGUGAAGCUGAAGGAGCUGCACACAGCCCUCGCUGACAUGAUUGAGGAAGAGCACACAGAUGUGGGCGACGUGAUCGACAUGGUUAAGCAGAGAAAGAAGGAGGGCGGCCUGGCUGAUGGUGAUGUUGUCCGCACAGUUUGGGAUGCAGUCAUGGGCGCCGUGCAGUGGUCAGGCAAGAAUGUGCAACAGAACUCAAAUACAGCAUUGCGACAGCUCAAAUCCUGGGCGAAGCUAUUGGAGGCGGUGUGCUCAUCUGCCAAGAUGGAGCUGGAGCUGCUUUACCACAUUCAGAUGCAAUGUUACGAGGAUGCCAAGAUCCAGCGCCUCUUCCCCGAGUUCGUUAGAACUCUAUACGACUGUGAUGUGCUAGCGGAGGACACCAUCAUGCUGUGGUUCCGUAAGGGUUCCAACCCGAAAGGAAGGCAAUUGUUUGUCAAGGCUCUUGAGCCUUUCAUUAAGUGGCUGGAAGAAGCAGAUGAGGAGGAAGAUUAAGUCCUCGAGGUGUUAUGGUACCUGUCAAAUGCACAUUCAAUCAUUGCAUAUGGACCAACUCUGCAGCAGAGUUUGUUGACUUUUGCUUAAUGUUUUUGAAGCAAGUCUCUGGGUGCAUCAAAAUUUUAACGUUCAUAGGCAAUCCAGCGUAUAUACUGACUACCCUAAGGUGUAGACAAGCAUUGCAUAUGUAGACAAGCUCUACCUUCAUG